AUGUCUGCAAAAGAAUUUUUUGACACUGCUGCCGAUAUAUUGGCCUCUUAUAUGCCUGUAAUCGGCACAGUGAAACUAAUAGUUGGAGAAAUUUAUCAAAUUUACGAGAAUGCAGAAUGUAACAAAGAACUUUGCCUCAUAAUGGUUGAUCGAGUAAAGGCAGCAGAAUAUUCUAUGGAUAGGAUAGUUAGAAGUGUAGAAAAGAAUAAAGAAAAUUUUCAAAAAAAAACAUAUUAUUUAGCUUUUGAAAGAUUUAAGAAUAUUUUAACACAAAUCAAAGAAUAUACUAAGAGUGUGUCAAAACUUAAAGGCUAUAAAAAAUAUUUUCUAGCGACAGAUAUUAAAAAGAAAUUUGAUCAAUUAACUACUGACUUUGACGAAUGCAUGAAUGAUCUGCACUUUGCUAUCGAU